CAGAUCUGCGGCAUCACGAACCCAGAUGACGCUCGUCACGCUGUCAACUCCGGGGCCGAUUUUAUUGGUAUGAUCAUGUGGCAGAAGGCCAAACGGGCAGUGAGCGCCGACACAGCCCGCAGCAUCGCCGCAGUCGCCCGGGAGGGCGGCGCACGUGCAGUCGGGGUGUUUGUAGACGAGGAUGCCGCGACCAUCUCAGCACGCUGUCGAGAUGCGGGGAUACCCGUGGCGCAACUUCACGGAGAUGGCGCCAGGGCGGCCCUGCCCGGCCUGGACCCCUCCCUGGAAGUGGUGUACGUGCUCAACUGCGCACCGGAUGGCACGCCUCUGACCCAGCCCCCCAGUGAGCUGCUGAGGCAGAUGGGCAAGCCGGGAGCACGGCAGCCGGAGUGGGUGCUGGUGGACAGCGCGCAGGGCGGUUCUGGUCAGGCCCUAGAUUGGCGCAACCUGCGGGUACCUGCUGGGGAGGCCACCCGGGGGUGGCUGCUAGCGGGGGGCCUCAGCCCGGAUAACGUGGCCAUUGCGGCGGGGCUGGCCAAGCCCACGGCGGUGGACGUGUCGAGCGGCGUGUGCGGACCCGAUGGUCUGAAGAAGGACCCCGCCAAGGUGUCGUCGUUCAUUUCGGCGGCCAAGGGUGUCAAGUAUUGCUGA